GGAGCAUAAUCCAUCCAUGCAUCGGAUCCAUGUCCUCCAACAAUAGUGUGUUCUGGUCUUGGAGCCAGAGGAAAAGUGGAGGGGAGAAGAAUCUAGGGGCAGACUGAUUUUUCUCGGGGGCAGUAACUGGCCAGAGGGGCUUAAAGGACUUCAAAGGCAGAAUAGGAAAAACUUGCCUGGAAACGUAAUGUUUUACUCCUUAUAUUGACUUGCCGUUUGCCUCUUCCACAUAUGAACCGCGUUUAGAACGUUAGUAACACUUGAAAGCGCAAUGGCACAGCCGCUGGGUUUCAUGCAUCAUGAUCAUUGCUCCAGCAGCGAGCGGAGUGACGACUCGCCGUCAGCCGUGUCCGAGGAUGACUCUAGCGGCCACUGCGGCCACAUCUCCCCGCCUGACCCAGACUGGACCGAGGAAAGGUUUCGAGUUGACCGCAAGAAACUCGAAACUAUGUUACUGGCGGCCAGUGAGGGUAGGAUAAAUGGAGGAGAGGAUUUUUUUCAGAAGGUCAUGGAUGAAACCAACACUCAGAUUGCCUGGCCAUCCAAACUGAAGAUUGGAGCAAAGUCAAAGAAAGAUCCACAUAUUAAGGUCAGCGGAAAAAGGGAAGAUGUGCAAGAGGCAAAAGAGAAAAUAAUGUCCGUUCUUGACACAAAGAGUAAUCGUGUGACCCUGAAGAUGGACGUGUCACACACCGAGCACUCCCAUGUUAUUGGGAAAGGAGGGAAUAACAUCAAACGAGUGAUGGAGGAGACUGGUUGUCACAUACACUUCCCUGACUCCAACAGACACAGCCAGGGCGAGAAGAGCAACCAGGUGUCAAUAGCGGGGCAGCUGACUGGCGUGGAAGCAGCCAGAGUUAAAAUACGGGAGCUGUUGCCGUUGAUGCUGAUGUUUGAAUGCAGUGGUCCGGUGCAGCACGUGGACUGUUCCUCUCCUGUAGUUCAGCAUAUUUCCCACACUUACAACGUCUCCAUCUCCUUCAAACCACCCUCUCGUCUCUAUGGCAACACUGCCAUCAUCCGUGGCAACCAGAACAAUGCCAGUGGCGUUAAGCAUGGUACAGCUUUGUUAUUGGAGCACCUAGCUGGGUCUUUGGCCAGCUCAGUGCUGGUCAGUACACAACUGGACAUCGCACCCCAGCACCACAACUUCCUUCUGGGGCGCAACGGAGCCAACGUCAAGAACAUCUCCCAAAACACUGGAGCCCACAUACACUUCCCCGAGCUCAACACUCACAGCACACUCACUAGCCGCUCUUCAGUCUACAUACAGGGCAGCAUUGAUGCCGUAUGUGCGGCUAGACAGCAGCUAAUGGGCUGUCUGCCAUUGGUGUUGCUGUUUGACAUUAAGGAGGAGAUGGAGGUGGCGUCUCAGGUCAUCAUGACCCUUAUGGAGCAGCUGGAUGUCUUCAUCAGUAUUAAACCUAAACCGAAGCAACCCAGAAAGUCUGUGAUAGUAAAGAGUGUUGAAAGGAAUGCUGGGAGUAUGUAUGAGGUACGCAGGAUACUGUUGGGGCUGGAGUCCAGCUGUGUGCCGCCUCCUAUCAGCCAUGUGGCUGUUAACGGACAUGCUCCUGCCUCCCCUCCCCUGCCUGGCUCCAUUGGACUGGACACCCUCGCUUCAGCUGGACUGAGGCUAAGCACUCUGGCUGGUCUUCUAAGGUCAUCUGUCAGCUCCAUUCCUAAUGGUUCCCCAAACCCAAACUGUGUUCUUAAGGGGCACGGCUCUGUGUUAAAGAUUCAGAACGGAGCAUUGAACAACACACAGCACAUUCAUUCACCUUCACAGACACAUUCACAUGCUCCUGGUCACACACCUUCACUUUGGGCCAGUGCACUCAGUUCAUCAGCUAACACAACAGGGUUUUCCACAGACCUGAUGCUGCAGUCAGUUUCUCAGUCGACUCUCAGUGGUCUUCUGCUCUCAGGGGUCCAGAGUCAAGCACAUGCUCACACACCAUCCCCUCCACCUGGACUCGCACCAAUACACAAACCAGCCAGUGCAGAACAUCUCAAUGGACAUAGUUAUUACAGUCGAAUCUCCUCUGUAUCACUGAACUCUGCCCACUGUGACACAACCCAGGAAGUUAUUGGACAUGCCCAAUCAGAAUCGAUUUCAAAUAAAUCUACAGAUGAAGGCACGGAUACGUUUGUUGAAGUGGGCAUGCCCAGAAGCCCGUCUCACUCAGCCAAUGGGAGUGAACUGAAGCAGAUGCUGGCCUCGUCAGGGAAACGACAAACAGUGGAACUUCUGCAGAGAGCCAAGAACUCAAUUCUUCAUGUUGAGUGUGUGUUGUCUGAUUCUGAUUGUGAGAACCCUGUGGCGGACAAAAGAGCACCAGGAAGUGAGAGAGCUGCAGAAAGACGACUUGCCCCACAUAUGCAGGCUUUUGACUAUGAAAAAAAGAAGCUACUGGCCACUAAAGCCAUGCUAAAGAAGCCGAUUGUGACAGAGGUUCGGACCCCGACAGAUACCUGGAGCGGAUUGGGCUUUUCUAAAUCAAUGCCAGCAGAGAGCAUGAAAGAGCUGCGCAGGGCACACCAUGUACCGUAUAAACCCAGCAUAAGCACAACUUAUGAGGACUCUCAUCUAUCUCUCUCACAAUCUGGGAGUCAGGAGGGUUUGGGUAACGACACCGAAUCUGAUAAUUGGGGGGAUUUGAAUGGGAACGGACUGCCAGGAAAUUCAGAAUAUUCCCCUGCUGUCAGCAGCUCAAAGAGAAUCAAGAACAAAUCUCUAGGUGAGCAGUAUCUCAGCAGCAGUAAUUAUAUGGACAGUAUCUCUAUGUCUGGCAGCAAUGGCUGCUCCCUCAGUUCAUCUCUUAAAGGAACAGAUCUCCCUGAGCUGUUCAGCAAACUCGGUCUCGGCAAAUACACAGACAUCUUCCAGCAGCAGGAGAUAGAUCUGCAAACAUUUGUCACACUAACGGAUCCAGACCUGAAGGAAUUGGGAAUCUCAACAUUUGGUGCUCGCAGGAAAAUGUCACUGGCGAUCUCGGAGUUGAAUAAGAGCAGGAGGAAGCUCUUUGAUACACCCAACAUUCGCUCCUCCUUCCUAGAAGGCGGGGCCAGCGGUCGUCUGUUGCGCCAGUUCCACCCAGACAUGGCGAGUGUCAGUGGUCGCUGGUGAUCUCUUACCUGUGGGAAUGUGAACCCCAAACCACUUCAUACAGGACUCUUAUUGAUACAGAAAGCCAUAAAGCAAUGCAGAUUGUCUCAGAUCUAAAAAAAAAAAAAAAUGUUAUGAAGGUUGGUUUUUGUGCCUAAAUAUAUGGAAGGGAAUUUAGAAACUUUUGUUAAGAGAAUGUGCUGUUAAUGUUGUCGUGUUUACUCUGGAUGAACAGGCAAAGCACAGAGUUAAAAACUAACCGUACUGUCAGCAAGAGUGCUUCAGUAUUGGUGUCUAGCACUUUAAUCUCUAAACUCUGCUGUUUUUGCCGGUAGGUUGUAUGCAGUGUCUUUCUUUUGUAACAGUGGGCUGUCCAGUAGCAAAGCCACUUAUUUAGUAGGAAUUUCCAGAUAACACUCAAAAGAUCAUCUGCUUGGCAAUCACAACCAGCUGAUGCUUAUGUUGUUUACCGGACUGUUAUAUUCAUAUUCAGUUUAAUUACGCAUUGGUUAUUGUGGUCUUAUUGUAUUUUAAAUAUAUUCUAUUUAAUUUUAUAGUUUCAUUAUGUUUUCAUAUUUUUUAUGUUAAUCUUUUUAAAAGGCAUUACGUUUAUUUUUUUGUUUUGGUUGUUUUGACAUAAUUUGUUUUUAUUGUUUAAUCUGUGGUCAGAUUUGUCAGAAUGUGUAAUAGUAAUCUCAGACAGAUGUCAGCCAUUCUUAUGGUGUAAAUGAAGUCUUUUUUGAAGGAAUACUGUAUGUUUGGAAAUAUUAUCCAUAAAAUUCCUGUUAUUUGUUUAGGAAAAUCUUUAAUAAGUAUUUACAUUAUUACUCGUAGCACAGACAUCAAAUUUAAGCUGUCUUAGGUACUUUUCAAGUCUAAGUGGGGUGUUUGUUGAAGUUUAAUGUUGGUAUGUGCAAACACGUAUCUGGCAGGUGUUUUUUUUUUCAGGUUUGUGUGCAUAAUUAUGUGCAUGUUUGUACUAAUCCAUUAAUCAUAUCUCAAAGCCAUAAAUGAAACUCGAAGGCUACUGUUGGUAAAUUUAUGAUUUUUCAGAUACUUGCUUUUGAUCAGAAAUUACAUUUUUUGUUCAUCAUUCUAUUAAGUUUAUAUAUAUACAUAUGUAUGUAGUUGUUCCUUUCCAACCAGAUUGUGUAUAUUAAUAGAAGCAUUCACAGUAAAUCAGUGUUGGACUUUAAUUGGUUUUCAUUUAUGUUAGGUUUGUAUUAUAUUCACGGUACAGCCUACAAACAGGAAUGUAUAAUGCAUAAGAGAAAAGAGCUUUUUGAAACAUCUGUUGUUAAAUGCUUCACCAUAAGAAGCCAUGCUAAUUUCUUUUUAUGCUUGUGUGUUUUCUUUUUGGUUUUUUUUGGACAAUAUUGAAACGUUGCACAGAAUGCUUGUGGUACUCUUGUAUUAUUGCUCAGUGAUAUUAAUUGCUUGAUUGUAGGUCCAAGGUGAAAAUACCAUAACAUUCACAUGAAAAAUACAGACUUUAUAGAGAUAUAAAGUAUAAAGGUAAGAUUCACCUCCAUAUUCCUCACCAUAAUGGAACCAGUGAGUAUGUUGCAAUCAAGAUUUAUGCUGUUUUCUUUGCAUUUAACAAAUCAUGUGUGUUCAUUCAGUUAUUCCAACAUUUCAACUGAAGUAACUUCACUGGUUUAACAGUGUCUUUUUUUUUUUUUUUGAGAGAACAACUGUUCUGUUCUAAUUGUGCUACCAUUGUCUUGGAGUGGAGCAUUCUGGGAGAAAUGUUUUUGUUUUGGAUGUCACACUGGCAUUUGUAUCACAUUUAAGUCUUUGACAAAGGGAAAGAAUGUUCAUGUUUUUACCUUGUUAGAAUGUUAUGUAAAUCCAAAUCAGUGUCUCUUAAAAUGGACAGAAGCCAUUUGCUGCCUGUGAUUGUGAGUGUUGCCAGAGUAUUCCUCUAUGAACGUAUCAAGAAAGGGAUUUCAAGCUAAAGUGUAAGAACAAAAAUUUCAAAUGUUUCCCACUGAUUUGUGGUUUUGUUCUAGAAAAUAAAAUGUUUUGCAAGCCAUAUCAAA